UUCUUAGACAUUUCUCUCCAAUUCGGCAGAGCAGACAAGAUCAGCCUCUUCAAUUCUCCCCUCCACGGCUCCACCUGUGUCAGCACAGACAAGACCAGCUUCUUCAAAUCCUGAACAUCCAGUUCGGACACAUGGCCGCCUCCUCUUUCCUUGCUCGCUGCAGCUUCUUGGUGACACUAGCAGUGCUGCUAGUACUAGCACUGACAACCGGAUCAGCUCACGGCCAUGGCUCCAAAGGAGGUCUGAGCUCGACGUUCUACGACGAGUCCUGCCCCGGCGCGCAGGACAUAGUCCGGCGCGUGAUCCAGGACGCCCGCGUGUCCGACGCGCGCAUCCCGGCCAGCCUCAUCCGGCUCCACUUCCACGACUGCUUCGUCCAGGGCUGCGACGGCUCGAUCCUUCUCGACGACGACCUCCAGAGGAUGAUCCAGAGCGAGAAGGCAGUCCCCGCCAACGACAACUCGGCGCGUGGGUUCCCCGUCGUCGACGACAUCAAGCGCGCGCUGGAGCAGGCCUGCCCCGGCGUCGUCUCCUGCGCCGACAUCCUCGCCAUUGCGUCCGAGGUCUCUGUCCAAUUGGCUGGAGGCCCGUACUGGAGGGUGCUUCUCGGCCGCCGUGACGGCACGAGCACCAAUAUUCAGGGUGCCAACGAUCUCCCAAGCCCCUUCGACUCCCUCGAGACUCUUCAGGAGAAGUUCAGGAACUUCGGCCUUGACAACACUGACCUCGUCGCCCUCCAAGGAGCGCACACAUUUGGGCGGGUGCAGUGUCAGUUCACGCAGCAGAACUGCACGGCCGGGCAGGCUGACGAAGCGUUGGAGAACCUGGACCAGGCUACUCCCGACGUUUUCGACAACAAGUACUACGGCAAUCUCUUGCGCGGCCGGGCACAGCUCGCCUCGGACCAAGUGAUGCUGUCCGACCCCGUCGCGGCCACAACCACCGCGCCUGUUGUUCAACGGUUCUCCAACAGCCAGAAGGACUUCUUCAAGAACUUCGCCGCGUCCAUGAUCAAGAUGGGGAACAUAAGCCCGCUGACCGGAAAAGAUGGAGAGAUCAGGAACAACUGCAGGAGGGUCAACAGAAAAUGAUCAAGAUUGAUGUUGUUCGAUGAACAUAAAAUUUGAUUCGUUCUUUUCUUUCUCUUUUACCAAUUAUGGUGCUCGUAAAUAUCAUUCUUUCAAUUUCAUUCUAACUGUAAAGUGCUCUGCUUUUCUUUUCUCCAAAAACAAAUGUAAAUGUUCGUCCUCCACUACAAAUUAUUUACACUUCAAGAGAGAUAUUACACCC